CAAUGUACGAUCGAAGCCUUCUGAAGAAUGCUACCUCCUACCUAUUCACAAACUUCCCUGAAAACUAGUCUCCUAAGCGACUUUGGUACCUGUUUGCAACCUAUAGUGUUGGAUUUGGAAAAAUUGUGGAUGUGUUUAUUCCCAAAAGAAGGACAGAAAAGGCAACAAAAUCAAAUUUGUGAGAUUCUUUGAUAUCAAAGACAAAGGCAGGUUGGAGAAAUCACUCAAGAUGAUCUACUUUGGAAUAGAGAAACUCAGGGUUGCCAUAGCCACUGACAAAAAGCCACAACAGUUAGUCCCAAAACCAUCUCGCCCUCUACCACCCCCACCACCCCCUGGAACCUUCAAAUUGAGAUCUUAUGCAGAUGUCCUUUUGAACAGGCCAAACCUUAUAGAUUCUACGAACAAUAACCACCAAGAAAAUACCAUACCCCAAACCCAACCAAUGGAAAAUGCCAAGGAAAAGAGGAAUGCGAUGGCUAUCCUGGAGGUGGACAACGACAUGGUGGAUUCCACUUGGCUUUCAAAUUGUGCUACUGGUGAGGUUUUUAUCCCGGAUCUCAUCCCUGGUCUCCAGCAAACAUUCUGGGAAAAUGGAUUCCCAUCUAUCUUAGUCAUUCCAAUGGGGGGACCCAAAGUAUUGCUAAAAGUUGAUGAUUGGAACAUAGUAACUAAGCUUAUUGAGGAACAUGAAGCAUGGUGGUGUAAAUGGUUUAGUAGAAUCAAAUUGUGGAGCCCACUGGACAUAGCUGAAGAAAGGUUUGCUUGGGUCAGAAUAAUUGGUCUUCCAUUACAAGUUUGCAACCAGAGAAUGUUCGAGAAAGUCAGGAAUCACUUGGGAAAUUUCAUCAAGGUGGAUCCUUAUACAGCUAAGAAAGUGUGCCUUGAUGCUGUUAGAGUCCUACACAACAAUUGGAACAAAUCAGAUUGAACAAGGCAUUUCCUUGAAUGUUCGAAAUCAUUUCUACUAGUUAAAAAUUAUAGAAGAAAGGUGGUGGAUUGAUCCUUAGUGGUUAAAGGCAUCCCAAAUUUAUGAUAGUGCAAAAUCUGAGUUUGAUGAUCUUUUUGAUUUGGACUUUGAUCAAGCCUCUAGUAGAUGGAAUGCUCCCUCCGAUGAGGAAGUUGAAUAGCCAGUUCAUUUAGUC